AUGAUCGAUUGGCGUACCUCAUCUGGCGCUGACGUUCCGGGAUCAGAUCAAGAGAGGGCCGGCUAUGACCUUGAAGAACAGUCGCAGAAGACAGAAAUAUCAUCACCGCCCGGGGCAUCGGUCUUCAGGGGCCUUGGAUGGUUGGAUCGUCUACUCGCCCUUUGGAUCCUCCUCGCAAUGACCAUCGGGAUCCUCCUGGGCAACUUCGUCCCAAGCGUUGGACCAGCUUUGAAAAAGGGCGAGUUCGUCGGCGUGUCUGUACCAAUCGCGGUCGGUCUGCUCGUGAUGAUGUACCCGAUUCUCUGCAAAGUACAGUAUGAAACGCUCCAUCAGACCUUUCGCUCGCGAGACCUGUGGAUUCAGGUCGCUUUCAGCGUCGUGUUGAACUGGAUUGUCGCUCCAUUGCUGAUGCUUGGCCUGGCGUGGGCGUUUCUGCCUGAUGAGGAAGGUUUGCGAGAAGGUCUCAUCUUGGUCGGCCUUGCAAGAUGCAUUGCCAUGCUGAUGGAUAGCAAGGUCCUGAUCUGGACGGGACUAGCAGGUGGCGACAGCCAAUACUGCGCCAUCCUCGUCGCCAUCAACUCAAUCCUUCAAAUGGUGCUCUACGCUCCACUCGCGAUUCUCUUCAUCAAUGUGAUCUCGCGUUCGACCAGCACGAUCACUGUCUCAUAUUCGACGGUCGCUACAAGUGUAGCAGUCUUCCUCGGCGUCCCACUUGGCGCAGCCAUCAUCACAAGGUUUAUUGUUCGAUCAUGCAUCAGCGCAUCGUGGUACGACAAGACAUUCCUGAAAUGGAUCUCGCCCUGGUCGCUCAUCGGUUUGUUAUACACCGUCAUCGUCCUAUUUGCAGAACAAGGCCACAAAGUCGUCCAUUCAAUUGUCUCUGUCGUCCGUGUGGCCGUGCCCCUGCUCGUCUACUUCAUCAUAAUCUUCCUCUUGACACUAUGGGUCACGCGCCACUUCGGCUUCGGCUACGAACUUUCAACCACGCAAUCCUUCACCGCUGCAAGCAACAACUUCGAAUUAGCGAUAGCAGUAGCAGCAGCAACCUACGGCGUGAAUAGCGACCAAGCCUUAGCGUCGACCGUUGGGCCACUUAUCGAGGUGCCGGUAUUGCUAGGCUUGGUGUAUGUAGUGAGAUGGAUCGGCCGUCGGUAUAGUUGGCGAGUAUGA